GUCCUUCCUCGUGCCUUGUACUUGUGCUGCAGGUCUCUGAUGCUCGUUGGGGUGCCAAGCGUAUCAACAUCAACCUCCCAGCCCCUGAGAACCGCACCGUGCAAGUGGGCAUCGUGCGAGACCUGAUGGAUCCCCAUGCAUCAAUUUACUUCGUCCUCGGCCAGCUGCUGGACGCAGUGCCCCGUCUGCGCUCGUUGCUGGCAUCUGCAGACCUGGAGAAGCCAGCCACCAAGUCUGAGCGCGACCGGCAUAUCCUGAUUCGCGAGAUGAAGGUGACUGGUGCCCUGGCGAAUGAUGCGCCGUCAACCACCAAGAUCGUGUCCUUCGUGUCGGUAGCGACAGCCCUGCACAACUGCCCGGGCAUGUUCGACAUCGCCAACACCCUCUUCGACCUGGGCAUCAGCUCUCACUCCAUUACCGAGAGUAUGAUUGGCUCUCCCUGGUUCGAGGAGCCGCCCACUGACCCAGAGCGCUCUGCCCGGGGGCAGGUGGCGGCGUCCCGGCGAUGGGACACGGCCGCUGCGGCUGGCGGUGCCAGUGGCAGCGAGGCCCUGCCUUCGGGUCGCUCCUUGGGCCUGGGGCUUGGCGGCCGGGGUGGUUCCAGGCUGCGUGGCAUGCAGCUCGCGGGUAGCAGCAAUGCUGGUGGCAACAGAAGCAGUGCUGGCGCCGGCGGGGGUGGCAGUAGCUGGUCAGGCCAACCGGGCGGUGGCGGCGCCGCGGCUGGCCCUUGGGGCCUGGGCCGCGGCCUGCUGGGUAGCAGCAGUCACGGCUCCCUGCCGCGUGCUGCAGCUGCAAGCCCCCUGGCUGGCGGAAGCAAGCUGCAGAGCGGCAGGCCUUGGGCGUUGGUGGCUGCUGAUGGUGGCCGCAGCAGUGCUGGCGGGCGUGUCACUCCUGACACCACCCCUGGUGGCAGGGGUGGCGCCGUGUCCGGCAGUGGGACGCUGGCGCUCCGCUCACGUCCACCGCCUCGCACCACUGCAGCUGCACGGGCUGCUGCGAGUGAAGGAGCGAUGAUGAUCUACCCUGAGCCUUUCCACUUUCCCCUGGAGCUCAACCUCCGCAUCCCUCGCUCCAAGUCACCUGGGCUACUGAGCACCAGCCUCAGCGCCAGCAGCGCCAGCCGUGUGCAACUGGAGUUCAAGGAGUACCGCAGCUGGAACACCAACCACAACGCUGUCGGCAGGAAUGCUGCCUACCGUGCGGUCAAGGAGUCCACGCACCUUGGGCUGCAGAAGACUGCAUCUGCCUUCCUUGGGCACGCCCUCCACAACUGCCGUGUGCCGCCAACCCUGCUCACCUUCAAGCUGGCGACCAACCCGAGCAUCGUGCACAGCUAUGUGUCACACGAGGUCGCGCACAAGAGCCCCACAAGCGCGCUGCAGCAGAUCUCCAACCUCAAGCGCAUCGUGGGCUACCUCAAGGACACAUGCCCGUACGCACGGGUGGACAGCAACAAGAUGGCCAAGCUGGACCACAUGGAGGAGUGGCUUUCGAGCGCCUACACCACCUCCAAGCGCACCCAGCCCCUCGCCCGCGCUGCAGCCCCCGGCGCCAUCGACCCAGAUGACCCCAGCUACCCGGCGGCGCCCACGGCUGAGGCCAUCUCCCAGUUCACCGAGCAGCUGCUGGACCAGCUGUGCAACGAGAUUGAGGCGGACGGUGGUGAGCUGUCGGACAGCAGCUGCAGGCUGUGCCUGGCCGCGGUGGUGUGGCUGCUGCUGAGCGGUGACAUCAUCCCCACGAUGCGGCCGGUUGCCGUGCGGCUGCUGUCGAUUCCUGGGUGCGCAAGCUGCCUGGAGCCCGGCUGCGCACGCCGCCAGUGCCCGGGCAACGUCACCAAGGUGCUGAGCGACGGCAUUGUCAAGCUGGAGUGCGUUCACUUCAAGGUGGAGGGCCGCCGCAUCGAGCCCCUCCGUGUGCUGCUGCCCGAGGACAUGAGCGAGCUGACGACCUUCUACCUGGAGCGCGUGCGGCCCAACUUCGUGCUGCUGGAGAAGGAGGACCCCGGCCACCUGCUGCUGACGCCCAAGGGCAAGGGCUUCGGCGAGACCCCGCUCUCUGCCUUCUUCAAGGACAUCCAGUCCAAGUACGGCGCCCCCUGGCCCAAGCCGCUGCCCUACAUGAGCUUCCGCCACGGCUACGCCACCAACUCCUACAAGGCCAUCAUCGAGCGCCUGCGUGUGGCCAUCCCCGACCAGGUGGCCCCCCGCGCCGCCAUCAUGGGCCACACCGCCAAGACGCACGUCAACCAGUACGUGCGCGACCUGGGCAGCCUCCACCGCGCCGCGGCCAUUCAAGACGCAGCAGCCACGCGGCACAAGGCGCUGGGUUCGGCUGCGGCUGCUGGUGGUGGUGGUGGUGGCGCUGCCGGUGAGGGAGGCUGGGAGGAGGAGGAGGGCGAGGAGGAGGAGGAGGAGGAGGAGGAGGGCGAGGAGGAGGGCGAGGAGGAGGAGGGCAAGGGCGAGGAGGGGGCCUGGGCAGCCGCGGGUGACGCGGGAGAUGGGGAGUGGGGUGGGGAGGAAGAAGAGGAAGAGGAGGAGGAGGAGAAGGAGGAAGGCGGGGAGGAGGAGGAGGAGCCCGACUGGGAUGAGGAAGGGGAAGGGGAGGAGGAGGAGGAGGAGAUUGGCGGCUGGGUGGAGGAGGGUGACGAGGAGGAGGAUGGGGAGGGCGGGGUGGAGGCAGGGGAGGGCGGGGCAGAAGAUGAGUGGGAGGGCGAUGGCGUUGAGGAGGAGGAGGAGGAGGUAGGGGGUGCGGGGAUGGGGGGUGACGAGGGAGCGGAGCGCGGCGCGGGGCAGCACGCGAUGUUGGGCAUGCACGGGCAAGGUGGCGGCUACUACAACCUCACAGGCGGGUCGGGUCUGGCCGCUGACGAGGGGGUAGCGGGCAUGCUGCUGAUGGGUCGCGAGCAGGAGGUGGGCGGCGCAGCUGCAGGUGGGGGGGAGGCAGCGGCGAGUGUGGGCGCCGCCGGGGGCGGUGGUGGCGUCGCUGGGGCUGCUGCUGCUGCUGCUGCUGUUGCUGCUGCUUCUGCUGCUGCUGCUUCUGCUGCUGCUAAUGGUGGUGCUGCGGGUGUUGGAGCUGGUGGUGGUAGCGCUGGAGCUGGUGGCUCUGGCUGGCGUGUGAUGGGCACAGAGAUGGUGCCGGUGGGUGUGGGAGCGGCAGGGGUAAAACGCCCCUCGGAUGUGUGGGGUGGUGGUGGCGCUUAUGGUGGUGGUGGUGGUGGCGCUUAUGGUGGCGGUGGUGGCACUGGUGGUGGUGGCACUGGUGGUGGUGGCGCUGGUGGUGGUGGUGGUGGUGGUGGUGGUGGUGGUGGUGGGAAGACGAGGAAGAAGAGCAAGGUGGCGAAGCAGCCGUUCCAGCCGUUCUGAGCUUGUCUGUUACAUGUUGAUUGCAAGCAGCGGCGGCAUUAGGCCAUAGUCUGCCAGGAAUUAAAUGAUUAAUUGGCAUUGGCAGCAGGUGGGAGUAGGUCAUGCUGGUCCACUGCUGUGAGACGCACGGCAAUACCCGCCAGUGGGCGGGCGUCUCCCACACCAAAGUACGCACAGUUAAGCUCACACCAGUACACAGCCGAGGCAUUCUUGUAAAUUACUCUGUCC